UGACGUUAUCUAUGAAUAGCACUGAAAGUUUGUUUUCAAAUCGGAUUGAAUUGGAAAUGAAUUCACUAUUAAGUGAUUGAAAGGCAAACAAAUGGCCAAAACUGAGACCAACGACGAGAUAAUGGCUUUGAAUGCCAUUAUGAAUAAUAUCGUUGAGUUGUGUGUCGAGAGUGAGAAAGGGAUCACCGAAAAGAUGCUUCAGAUAGCGAUGAAUGGCGUC